AUGUCCGCUUCUGCCGUACCUCAACCUAUCGUGAACAGCAUCUAUAUCCCCACAACCAACUCGUCUCCUUCCAGCCCCUCCGUCCAAACCGACGAUACCCUCUUGCUAUUUCGACGGAAACAACGCGAACUUGAAGCACACUUGCAACUUCUCCUUGAUGCACAAGCCGAUGCUCUGCUCUCUGGCCUCGAUGCUUCCCCAACCUCUAUUACCGAAGAUGAUGGUCUAUCGACAGGAUCAAGCACUCCUACCGUCAGCGCCCUCAAUCCGAAGCCCCAAACCUCAUCCAAGUCAGAAAAGAUCGAUCUCCGACAUGCCAGGAUUGGCUUGUAUGCUACAAUCCGACGCUUGGCACAGCUCAAGUCUCAAGAGUCGCAAUAUCUGGCCCCUAGCCUCAACCACUUUGCAUCUGUCGUCGAUCAACUCGAUGCAUGGCAAAAGAAGCGUAGUGCAUUGCAAUCACGCGCUUCGCAGAUACGAUCCGGUGACGAUCAGAACCGCGCACAAGAACUCCACAAACAAGCGGAUGACAUGCAGACCGAGAUCAACGACCUCGAGGCCAGGCUAGCUCGCUUAAGAGGAGAUCAGCGCAAGCUGAGAGCAGAAGCCCAAGAGAUUGAAAACACUGUCGACGCAAGGCUCGCGUCUUACACAACUGCCCUAGCUAUGGUCGAAGACUCGAUUCAGAACUUCCUUCAUGAUUCCUCGGUAAGCCAACGGGCUGCCAUUGUCAAUGUUGCCGACAUGAAUCGCUUCUGGCGUUCGCCAUCCAAGAGUCGGAAUCUGAAAUCUGCGAAGGAUGUCUUCAGCCGAGAACGAGAUUCUCUGGUUGAGAGACGUCGAAUUGGUGAUACUGAGCGAGAGGCGCUCGAAGAGGGAGCAGUUGUCUGGAAGGAGACUGUGAAACAGGUUGCCAACUUCGAACGGACGCUCUCAAAGGCUAUGUCGCGCAUGGGCGAAAAUGCGCAAUCUCAACUCGACUCUCCUGCGGAAACCAAGGAACUGCUCACUUUGCUCGAGCAGACUACUACAGAGCUCGAAAGCAAACACAAGCUUGCAGAAGAACGCAAUUGGAAGCUUUUGGUCGCCGCAAUUGGUGCUGAGCUUGAAGCAUUUUUGAAGGGGAAACAGAUUCUCGAGGCUGCUCUUGCUUCAGUAGAUGGUGAUUUGACUGUCGAAGAGACGAGAGGGACUACUAGCAGUUCUGGUCGACUGGACGGGGCUCAGACUCCCAGAGGCAGUAACCACGAUAAUGGUGAGGCUAUUCGCGAUUUGGACAGAGCAUUUGCUGCGAAGCGUCCUACGCAGAGCAUAUCUGACACGGAUACUGAAGAUGAUGGACCUGACCCAGAGCUUUUGAUUUCCCAUCAAGACACGGAUACAGAGUAG